AAUACAAAUGCAUUUGCAUUUGCAUAAUAACAAUUUCAAAAUCAUCAAACUCGAUCUUUUCGACAAUGGUGAUUGACAUAUUUGCCAAUUUGUCGCUGCCCAACUCGUCGAUUUUGGCAGAUUUCUCGUUUUCACUCGCACAUUUUAUGAUCGGAGCCAUUUUCAUCAUUGCGGUUUUCUACUUUGCUCUAAGAUCAAACAGUGUCUAUCUUAUAGACUUCAGCUGUUAUUUUCCAGCAGAUCAUUUGCGAGUCUCGAGCGCGGAGUUUGUCGAACAUGUCAGCAUAACUGGUUCCUUUGAUAAAGAAAGUCUCGAUUUCCAAGAGAAGAUUUUGGAAAGAUCGGGAAUUGGAGAGGAGUCGUGCAUGCCUGCGUCAGUUCAUGAGAUACCGAAUUUUAAGACUCUCAAAGGAGCAAAAGAAGAAGUUGAAGAAGUUCUAUUCAAAGUUGUCGGGGAUCUUCUUGACAAACACGAAAUAAACCCGAAAAGUAUUGAUAUUCUUAUAUCAAACUGCAGCUUAUUCUGUCCCACACCAUCGAUUACCGCAAUGAUAAUCGACAAAUUCGGAUUCAGAAGCAACAUAAAGAGCGUAAGUCUAAGCGGAAUGGGUUGCAGCGCAGGAAUUUUAUCAAUAAGUCUCGCGAAAGAACUACUCAAAGUUCAUAAAAACUCGUUAGCUUUAGUUCUCAGUAUGGAAGCAGUAUCUCCAAAUGGUUACAAAGGCCGAGACAAGUCGAUGCUAGUCGCGAACGCCAUCUUUCGGAUGGGCGGAGUUGCGAUUCUGCUGUCUAACAAGAAGCAAGACAAGCUGACAGCCAAUUACAAGCUCCAACACCUUGUCCGAACCCACAUGGGAUCGGACGAUCAAGCAUACAACUCUGUCUAUCAAAAAGCAGACCCCGAGGGCCGUGUAGGAAUAUCCCUUUCGAGGACACUUCUAAACUCUGCUGCCAAAGCUUUAAAGACUAACAUAUCAGAGUUAGGCCCUCGAGUGUUACCUUACUCCGAGCAGCUCCAAUUCGCAUGGUCCGUACUUCGCCAAAAGACCACGAAACAGAACGAAAUAUACGUACCGAAAUUCAAGAAAGCUUUUAAACAUUUCUGCAUACACGCAGGAGGAAGGGCGAUAAUCGACGCUGUCGAGAGUAAUCUCAAGCUACAAAAAGAAGACGGAGAAGCUUCGAGGAUGACAUUAUAUAGAUUCGGUAACACUUCAUCUUCUUCGGUUUGGUACGAAAUGUGUUACCUUGAAGCAAAAGGAAAAGUCAAGAAAGGAGAUCAAAUUUGGCAAAUUGCAUUCGGUAGUGGAUUUAAGUGUAACAGUGCAGUUUGGAAAUCGAUUUCGGAUAUCAAACCGGACGAAACAAACGCUUGGUUCGACAGAAUCGAUCAGUAUCCUGUAGAGAUAUGAAGCUGAAAAAUACUUAUCUUGUUAUGUAUUGUUUUAGAAUUGAGAGGAAUUUCUGAAUAUGAAGCUGAAAAAUACUUAUUUUGUUACCAUUAUAGUUAAUACUUUUAUUCUGUA